AUGGAAGAAUUUAAUCUUGCAGAGGAGUAUGAUUCCUUGAAGUCUUCGAACGAUCCUCGUGUUGCUUAUAUAAGCGGUAUAGCUGUUGCCCGACCUCCAGUCGUAGAUACAAUGACAAUUAUACUGGGUAUUGAAGGAAGUGCAAAUAAGUUGGGUGUUGGAAUAGUGCAAGAUGGUACAGUCCUUGCUAAUCCAAGAGUAACGUAUAUUACUCCACCUGGAGAGGGUUUCCAACCGACAGAAACAGCUAGAUUUCACCAAUCUCAUAUCAUUGAACUUGUUCGAAAGGCUAUCAAAGAGGCAAAAAUCGAUCCAUCUGAAUUGAAUGCUGUUUCUUAUACCAAGGGUCCUGGAAUGGGAGCUCCGCUUUUAACUGGUGCUGUUGUUGCUCGUACUCUCGCCCAAUUGUGGAACAAACCACUGAUUGGAGUUAAUCAUUGUAUAGCACAUAUUGAAAUGGGUCGCCUUAUUACCGGUGCAAAAUCACCUAUUAUACUCUAUGUCAGCGGUGGUAAUACACAAAUCAUUGCUUUCGUUUCUGGUCGUUAUCGUAUUUUUGGUGAAACAAUUGACAUAGCAUUGGGAAACUGUUUUGACAGAUUUGCUCGUAUUGUCAAUCUCUCGAAUGAUCCUAGUCCAGGUUACAAUAUUGAACAGUUGGCAAAACAAGGAUCUAAAUUUUUCGAAUUACCUUAUUCAGUAAAAGGUAUGGAUGUGUCAUUUGCUGGAUUAUUAUCAUAUUUGGAAGAACGUGCUCCUAAACUCUUAGAAACAGGUGAAUAUACUGUAGCUGAUUUAUGCUUCAGUCUACAAGAAACAGCUUUUGCUAUGGUUGUUGAAAUCACUGAACGAGCUAUGGCACAUUGUAAUGCAAAGGAGGUUCUCAUUGUCGGUGGAGUUGGUUGCAAUGUUCGUUUACAAGAAAUGAUGGGUUGUAUGGCUGAAGAACGUGGUGCCAAAUUAUUUGCAACCGAUGAACGAUUUUGUAUUGAUAAUGGCGCCAUGAUAGCACACACUGCAUGUUUGAUGUUUAAUGCUGGUUUGCGUUUCCCUCUGAACGAUUCUAUCGUCUCUCAACGCUAUCGUACAGAUGCCGUCGAUGCAGUUUGGCGUGAUGACUGA